AUGUAUGUGAAAUUGGUUGAGACAGCAAUGUUUUACUAUGUAAAAUGUAAAAAAAAAAAAUGACAUUUUUUAAAAUUUUUAAAUUUCCCGCCGCCGGCGGCUGCGGCGCCCGUACGUCCCGACGUCACAGGGACAGGACACAGAAGCUGGAUGCCGGCAUCGGCCGGAGGAGAUGGCCGGGGACGCUGCAGGGGACACAUCGUGGGAGCGCAGGGUAAGGUAAGUGAAGAACACAUGCCGGAGCAGUGCCGCAGGGUAAGCCCGAGUGUAGCUCGGGGUUACCGCUUUUGCUACACUCGGGAAUACCGCCAAGGAGGU